AUGAGCAUUAUACUUUUUUCAGUUCAUCAUCGUUGUGUCAGAUAUGUACCUAAUUUAUGUGGCUCAGAUCACACAGAGAAAAGAGGGCGUAUCAAUUUAGAAUGUCAUGUAAAGGAUGGUGUUUUAAAUGUAUAUAUCAGAGAGGCAAGAAAUUUAAUUCCAAUGGAUCCGAAUGGCCUGUCAGAUCCUUAUGUCAAACUGAAACUUAUUCCCUUCGAAGAGAACGAACAAUGCAAACCAAAACAAAAAUCAAAAACAAUAAAAUCAACACUUAACCCCGUUUGGGACGAACAUUUUUUCUUCAAAUUAGAACCUUCUGACAAAGAUAGACGUUUAUCUGUUGCUGUGUGGGAUUGGGACAGAACUAGUAGGAACGAUUUUAUGGGCUCCCUUUCUUUUGGAAUUAGUGAAUUAAUUAAAGAACCUGUUGAUGGGUGGUUUAAAUUGUUGAAUGAUGAAGAGGGUGAAUAUUACAACAUUCGAAUACCCCCAGAAAAUGAAAGAGAUAUUGAAAAACUUCAAAAGAAAAUGGCAGAUUUACACUCCACAAAAUCACAAAAAGUUAACAGCAAACCACAUUUGGCCAAUGCAAAACAAAGAGCCUCUACAGACAAUAAUUUAGAGAAUUCUUGUAACAAUAACAAUUCAAAACCUGCCCAAAGAUGUGUGGCUAGCGAUUUUAAUUUUUUGACAGUCUUGGGAAAAGGAUCUUUUGGAAAAGUACUUCUUGGAGAACACAAACAAACUAAAGAAUUAUUUGCUAUUAAAAUACUUAAAAAAGAUGUAAUAAUCCAAGAUGACGAUGUUGAAUGUACAAUGGUCGAAAAAAGGGUUCUUGCAUUACCUGACAAACCUCCAUUCCUUGUAGCUUUAUUUUCUUGUUUCCAGACCAUGGACAGACUUUAUUUUGUUAUGGAAUUUGUUAAUGGGGGUGAUUUAAUGUAUCAAAUACAACAAGUUGGAAAAUUUAAAGAGCCUGUUGCCGUUUUCUACGCAGCAGAAAUAGCUUGUGGACUUUUCUAUCUCCAUUCAAAAGGAAUAAUUUAUAGAGACUUAAAAUUGGAUAAUGUAAUGCUUGAAAGGGAUGGACAUAUUAAAAUAACAGAUUUUGGAAUGUGUAAAGAAGGUAUUGUGGGUGAUGCUACUACAAAAACUUUCUGUGGAACGCCUGAUUAUAUUGCUCCAGAAAUUAUUCUUUACCAACCUUAUGGAAAAUCUGUUGAUUGGUUUGGAAAUUUUUAA